GGUAGAUGGCAGCAGUGAAGUGUCACUGUGUUUAUGGGUGCCGCAGUUUUUACAGUUUAAAUAUCACGCAGUGCAUCUAUAUCGUUGUCAGUUGUUGGUACAGCGGCGUUUGACCCUGUCUAUCAGACCAACCAUCUAUCCACCGACCGUGACAUUGCUGACCACUACGUGAAAUUCCCUCAAAGCAGUGCUGCAGUGAUGCCUGGAGAUGCCUCGCCGUCGUGUGCUGCUGCUGUGUUUCCUCUCGCUCAUGGUGCUGCUGUCUCUCCCUCUCUUACAAAGAGUACAAGAUAAUGAACUGUCUAAGAAGUGGCAUCCUCCGACCACUCAGUCAUCUGCCAUCACUGCUGACAAGCCGACCGAGUAUGGCUUAACACACUCGACCCUGAGAGUGGUACACCUGGACCUGAAGGGAGCUCCACCAAAACUGUCAUACCUGCGUCAGCUAUUACCCCUACUUGCAGCCCAGGGGUGUACAGCACUACUGGUGGAGUAUGAGGACAUGUUCCCAUACCAAGGGACCCUGGCCAACAUCUCAGCCAGGAAUGCUUAUACACAAGAGCAAGUGCUUGAACUCAUGUCCUGGGCUGGCCACCUAGGUAUGGAGGUCAUUCCCCUUGUGCAGACAUUUGGUCAUUUGGAGUUUGUACUCAAAUUAGAAGAGUUCCGGCACAUUCGAGAGUUAGACACGUUCCCUCAGGAGGUUUGUCCACGAGCUCCAGGAACUCUGGGACUCCUCAAGGAGAUGAUCCAACAGGUGAUGAGCCUACAUCCCUCAGCCAAGUUCCUACACAUUGGUUGUGAUGAGGUGUACCACUUAGCAGCAUGCCCUAGGUGUACUCACAGUGGGAAAGGCAGCAGAGACAUAUUCACAGAACAUGUGGCACAAGUGGCUGAGUUUGUCAGAUCCAUGUAUCCUGGGGUGAUUCCUCUGGUCUGGGACGACAUGCUGCGCCGCUGGGACCCCGUGUAUCUAUCCAAGAGUCCCCUGGCAUCGCUGGUAGAGCCGGUGGUCUGGGCCUAUACAGACAACAUCACUAGACUGGUGCCGCACUAUGUCUGGUACUGGUACUCAAAGACAUUCCCCAGAAUCUGGGUGGCUGGUGCCUUCAAGGGGGCCUCCUUGCCCACCUCUGUACUGCCCGAUGUCAAGAUGCACUUUCACAAUCAGAAGUCUUGGCUGAAACUUCUCUCACAUUCCAACACCAAGAUUGGUGGAUACGUCCUCACAGGUUGGUCCAGAUUCGAUCACUUCGCCGUCCUCUGCGAGAUACUCCCUCCGUCGAUUCCUUCUCUGUUACUAAACCUAAUAUUGAUCUCAACCAAAGAAGAUGACAAAGUAGUUAUUGACAUAUGGAGAAAAGCCUUGAAAUGCUCAUCAAAGUCUACACUUUCCAUUGACUUCUCGUCUAGAAAUCACAGACCGUUGACUUUAUGUUCCUUUCCUGGUCUUAAAACGUUCCUUAUAAUUUCAAAGUAUUUGACUUUGAAAUCCAGAGUUGACAGCUAUUAUGAGUCUGUAACAGAAAAAACCGCGUGGAUGACGCCUUACAACGUUAAACAUAAUUUUACAAGUCCAUAUCGAGUUUUAGAAGAAUUUAGACUGAAAGAAGGUUAUACACUGAUCAAAGAGGUUAAAAACUUUGUAAAUGAAACUAUUAUUGCUUUAUCGGAACAUUUCGAUGAGUUUACUGUGAAUGAAUGGAUAGAGCAAAGAAUUCAACCUAUGGAUGAACAGCUGACAUACUUAGAAACUGUAAGUAAUCAACUCAUCACAAGAAGAUCGUGGCCUAGGCGGCCAAUUGGUUCUGUGUGGACUUAAAAUUAGUUACUUUUAGUUAGAGUAAUUAUUGGGACCAUUGUAUGCGAGUUUUAAUUAUUAUAAAUAGUUUUACAGAUAUAUUUCCUUCAUAAGGAACGUUUUGAAUAUUGUAUACUGAAAUAGCAAACCAUAGAUUUAUUUCAAUGAGGUUUUUUUACCCUUAGAUCACAAAUACACUUAACAUCAACCCUUUUUGUGCAGUGCAAUAAAAAAAAUAGCCUAACCUCAACAUCCAAAGUUAAGGGUAACUGUAUUGACUCGAAAUUGUUCAAUAUAGUCCCCUUUAUUGUAUGGUUAAAAGUUACUUCAUUUUGAGCAUCGGGUUUGGGAUGGAGGAGGGGUAAAAGUUUAACAAAUUGAUUGUAGGUUUUUUGUUGUUAUUAAAUAUCUUGAAAACCAUGUAGCUUAGUACAAAAUACAUUAUUUACAAACAUGCUCUAUGAUUAAUUUCAAACCAGAAUGGUUCUCUUCAUAAUCUUGUUAAAGUGAAUGGUUGAAGAGUUACAAAAGCUUUAACAUGGGAAUUUGACAAUUUUUAACGCAUGAAAAAUUAUGGGGGUAGCUAAAUAUAUUUAAAAUAGUAUAUUUCAUCACUAUGGUGAGGGUGAAAAAGUCACUUUUUGCCCGUGUGGUGUGGUAAACUAUAUUUUUUGUCAUAUUGCAUCAUUAAUAAUCAACAAACAAAGCUAGAAAACGAAAUAACUUUUAUGUAAAAAUAAACUCUCAAAACCACUUCCAGCUUGUUUUCAAUCCUGCUAUCCAAAUAAUAAGCAGCUAUUUAGUAAGUGAUUCAAUAAUUUUGUCUAUUACGAUUGUGGUACAGUACAUUAUACCAUCGAUAUGUGUCAAGCAAUAUACAAAAAUAUGCUAAAACCUUACCUAAUAAAUCAUUUGAUAAAUAAUUUAGGUCAAUACAAUUGACACAAUUUAAAAUUACAAAUGUUUACAAUAGCUGAUUUGUACUCCCUAGAGACCAAAAAUGAUUUUUACUCCCUAGAGUAAAAAUGCUACUUUAGACCCGCAACUCAUGUAUUAAAAACGGCUGUUUUUGCUGCAGUAUGACGAAAAAGUAAUAGAGAUAGAGCUACAAAACAUGGAACAUAGUCACUGGACAUAAACAUUUAAAACAUUAUUUAAUGAUACGCUACCUUCUCAAUGGGACAGUCCGCUAGGAGCCAGAAGAAAAUCUUUUAAGGUAAGCAUUGGUUGAUAUUUACAUCAUAUUAAAGGCUAUGUUAACAGUGCCGCAAACACAAACUCCAACGAAUGAUUGUGUCAAAAAUGGCAGCCGUUAAACGAUUUCAUUCUCUUCAUCAAGAUUAUGAAGAGGAUCAUGAUCAUUCUUGGACGAAAUUAAUUUAUCUUAG